AAAAACCAAAACCCAAAACCAAAACCAACCACCAUUGACCAACCACCAACUGGGAAUACAUACCCUCAAGAAACAAAGAAACAAAGAACGAAAGAACGAACGAACGAACGAACGAAAGACCAAAGAAAUGACCACACUGGCAACCGGGCUGCCGAUCAGCAGUCGAUCAGCCGAAACCAAGAUCACACCUGCCCUCAGAUUGGCCGUCCAGAAGGCAACCUCGGUAUUCCAGAAGGACUUCUGCUACGACUUCAUCCAAGCCCUCGUCGAUGAGCCCGAGAUAGCUGAUCCGAUCGGCGUCAGAUUAUUCCUCAACUUCUGUCUGCGCAAACCGGACAACCUCGUCGACAGUUUCCUGGACUCACUCGAUCAAAACUUGGGACCAGCCGAAAGCUUCUCCGAGGCCGCCGACACGAUCCUCAACGAGAUCGACAACUUCAUCGAGUUCGUCCACGGUCUCAUCGAGAUGAUCGAUGGCGGAGAGAUCUUCAAGUUGGCCUACCACGAAAUCGACGCCUGGAAGUUGUGUUAUCAGUUGUUGGAACCCAUCCAACAUCGCCUCUUCGAUCUUGCCGUCCAGGAUCGCCAUCACUUUCAAAACCACAAUCGCGACUCAUCCGCCUCCUCUGAACCCUUCGAACUCACCUUCGCCUCAGAUUCCACCACCUCCGGCUUCUAUCAAGCCUUUGUCACCAUCGACAAAUUCCUCAAACAUUCCUUCGAAUCUAGGAUCCUCUUAGAGCCCGCUAAGUUGGUCGAAGACGCCGACCAACUCGCCGAACGUAGAACCGAACUUCAAACGUUCAGGUCCCUCUUUCCCUCUACUCAAAACUCCACCCUUCUCGUCAAAAAACAUGGCAGGUUCGGGAGAGAAGAAGCGACAAUCGAUCAAUUCCUCGAAAGUGACAAAUUCAAAGAACUUUCGAAGCUCAAGGCUACCAUGUCAGGUGGUCAAUUAACGCGUCAACCAUCAACCCGCACGAAGAAAGUCGCAUCGCAGGUCGAAAAUGAGAAGAUCGGCGCGUCGUCGACGGGAAAGAGCAAACAUUCUCAGGCCAAAGGCUCGCCCGCCCAGGCCGCAGAUUCUCCAGGAGUCGGACACAAGAGCAGCAAACGGGCGGGAGUGGUCCGAAAGGAUGAUCCCCAGUCUACCCAUCAUCUCGAUCCAUUCCUUCGAGAAGAGCCUUUAUCAUCUCACUCUAAACCCGCAUUUGUUAGGAAACGCAUCCCAGAAUCAGAUUCUGACCCCGAUUUCGAAGACGUGUCUGAGCGUAAUCAGCGGAAGAAGUCGUCGCUUCCAGCAGGUCAGCCGACGUCGAAGGCCGACUCGACGACGAGCUCAUCAAAACACCGUCAAGGCUCCGCCCAUCUCUCGCAACAUGGAUCGACGACGAGCAACCUCAGUCACCAUCCGAAACGCAAACGUAAUUCGCGUGGCGUAACCGCUAAUCAACUCGAUACCACUACCACUGGGAAUACUACUAAAACUCGAAAGAAACGUAAAUCCAAGUCUAAUAAAAAUGCGGACGAUGAUGAUGAUGAUGACAAUCCGUUGGGCCACGAAGAGGAGCUCUUCGUGGUCGAUAAAAUCAUCGGCGAAAGCGUCGAUAUUAAUGGCGAAACUAUCUAUAAAGUUCUUUGGGCGGGAUAUCCGGAGUCAGAAGCUACCUGGCAAUUCGCUAAUACGUUGGACGAUUGUGCGGCUCUAGACGUGUGGCAACAGAACAAAAAAAAUGAGAAAAUGAUGAAGGAUUCUAGCACUACCACUACAAAGCAUAAGAAUAAUCAAGAGGAUGAUGAAGGAGAUGGAGAUGGAGAUGAUGCAGGAAGGAAGAAGAAGAAGAUUGAAGACCUCAGUGGGAGUGCAAAUGAUGCAUCGGAGACCUUGAAUAAGACAACUGCUAGUGGAAAUCAUCUGAAUCCUAAUAAAACUAUCCUCAAUAAUAUCAAUAAUAAGGGGAAUGGGAACGGGAAUCUUCUGGAUAAUCCAUUUGAUGGGUUUAAUGAUCAUCUGAAUCAGCCUCUGGAGACUCCAAAAAACCUCAGCUUGAAUAACUCUCUUACUUGAUUUCCUCUCAUUCUUUCCUCCCUCCCCACACUCUUCCUCUUUGUUGUUUCUCCUCGUUCUCUCAGCUUUGGUUUUUGUGUCUCUUUUUUUUUCUUUGGCUGAUUUGAAUCAUCAUGAUCGGUUUCAAUUGUGGAUGGAAAAAAUAGAAGACCAAAUCUCAGAAAUCUGGCUAAUAAAUCAAUUAACUUACUCACUCACUCCGUCUAUCAUCUAGACUCUUGCCAAAGAUUGUUGUUCAUAGAGCUUUUUUUUGUUUUUUUCAAAGAAAAACAAAAACGCGGUUUGGACUCU